GCAUGCAGUGACCAUGGGAGACGUUGAGAAGGGCAAGAAGAUCUUUGUUCUGAAGUGUUCACAGUGCCACACAGUUGAGAAGGGAGGCAAGCACAAGACUGGCCCUAACCUGCAUGGUCUUUUUGGCCGAAAGACUGGUCAGGCCGAAGGUUUCUCUUACACAGAAGCCAACAACAGCAAAGGUAUAACCUGGGGAGAAGAUACACUGAUGGUUUACUUGGAAAACUCCAAGAAGUAUAUUCCAGGAACCAAGAUGAUAUUUGCUGGCAUUAAGAAGAAGGGAGAGAGGGCAGAUUUAAUAUCAUACCUUAAGGAGGCCACUUCAAACUAAUGGCUUCUGCUGCCU